AUGUCUCUCCCGUCGCGACUGGCAGCUGUCCUUCCCAUCGGUCUGGAUCUUCGUGCAUAUCACUUGUCAACUCCACCCACACCGGUACCUGCCCUUUUCGCCCCUCUACCUGGCCAGGACGAGGAGGCCACUCUCUGCGAAUCGCAUUUUCUGGCUGUCUCCUCCCCAGAGCAAGGAGACAGCCAAGAAAUUUUAGUCUACGCCAUCGAGAUUCUGAUCUUCACGACCCAGUCUCUCGUCACUCUCUUUGUUUCAAAGGCCGACUCUUCGGGAUUUUCUUCCCGUCUCAAGCAGCAGAAGGGCUUUCCUUCGGUCGUUGCCACCAUCACCUCCACCUUUGUAGAGUUCUUGCUUGAACCUCGUCUGGCCAGUUCGAGAGUGGUCGUGUCGCUUUUCGCGCGCUCGCAGAACCAAUACCUUUUCCCGGGAAGUUCUGAGAAUGCUGGAAAACACAUCCUGGAUGACCGACAGCUCAUCAAGUGGUGGUGUCGCGUGUUCGAUAGAGUCCUGCGACUGCCUAAAGAUGAUUUAGUGGCUACUGCACACCUCUUGGUCCCGGGUUGCGACAAGAGUGAGACGAAGGUCUUUUUCCCGCCGUCGAGUCGAGGCGAUUCCUCAUCUGAUCCGAAAUGGGUCGUUUCGUACCCGGUCAAUUUUUUGGUGACUGACCCUUCAAUUCCUCCAAGGCAUGUGGUUCCCAGAUUUCCAGACGACCCCAAAGGACGAUAUCUUGAGGACCUGGACGGCAUCUCGGUCGAUGAGAAAGGCCACUGGCGGGGUCUGAAAACUCUUGAUCAAUUCUGGGAGUUGAUGGCCUAUAGACAAGAAUGUGCUGCCGGACGACUGGUCGGCUUUCUGUGGCUGGUGUUCUCGAGAGGCGGCACCAAGCACGCUGCGCUAAGCGAGCUUGAGGAGACGGGUCAGACGGAGAAUUUAACCAGGCCACCCGCUCCAUUAAGCCUUGCUUCACCCGUCAAUUCUCAGCACCACAAUAGCGGCCCGACGGUUUCACGUUCGCCGACUGCUUCCGACCUCAAAAUGAUCGCAGAGCCCAACUCACCACCUUCUUCGCCGACCCAUCCAGACUCCGAGUUGGAACCCUCCGAGCAAAUACGAGAUGCUGACCGAGGUGCUCGUGUGCCUGAACAGGGUGGAAAGUCGAUGUUGCCCACGAUCGAAGAGACGCGGGGUGAGCUUGUUAUCGACACUACUAAAUAUCAGGUCCUGAUGGAUCACCUGCUGCACACUGACUUUGCCCGCGAGGCCCCUGCAGCACACGCCACCAAAAGUUGGAUAGAUAGAGCUUUGGAGCUAUCAAUGGUGGCCUCAUUUGGGCAACCUAUACAUGGCCGCGCCACCCUGGCCUUGGCUCCGACAACUACGCCUGCCACGGCGCCACCAGUCAACGUCAACGUGCUGACUGGCGUUCGGAAGAAGAGAAAGGCAGAAACGAUGGACAAUGGCACCACUAUUACGGUUACACAAGCAACUGCUGGAACAACAGCGAAUACGUUAUCGGCCAGCUUCGUGGGAAAGAAGCAAAAACCCUAA